AUGCCUCAGGCCACAUUUGCCAGCACGGCUCAGGCGUCCAGAAGACGGUCCCAACUCAAGAGCGUAUCGAUCGCCUUUUUUUCAACUGGUUCACCUUCCAAAAUAGGUGCAUUUGUAGCACCGGCAUUAUCGAUCGGGUCGACAGCGGACUCGGCGAAAGAGACUGCAGAGCCAGCGAGCCUAGGACGUGGCUGGCGAAGAGCACAAAGCAACGGUUGCGGCAGUUCUACGAGACCCCGUGCCCUUGAGGCUGGGUCAAAUGAGCACUUUUGUAGCGCCCCAAGGGCUCUUCAUCAAGUCCACCUCCCCCACCAACUGGACGCUACUUCGUGCAACUAUCAUUGUAACCUGGACGCGGAUACCGCUGCCGUCGUUCGUCUAUUGCUUUCACAUUCUCGCAUUCACAUUUGCAGUCUUUGCUGCAGACACAUCGCUGGUCCACCGAAAUGCGACUGCCGUCGGGCCGAAGUUGUUGAUGUCUUCGCUUUUCGGUCUGGACUGGACGGCGGUGUCAUCCUCGAUCCGACGGGGUUCGAACCGGGACAGGCGAGCGCAACAACACACGGCCUUGGAGCUGAGUUGGUGACAAGCGAGCCACGUGACCGGGAGUCGAUUCGCGUUGACGAGCUCGAGUGUUUGUGGACAAAAGUGAAAUAUGCGUCUCUCGUCACUUUGCACGAGCUGAGUUGGCCGAGAAAACACAGAAAAUAUGCAUUUAUAAGUCAAAAAUAUGCGUUGAAAUCGGUUGCUAAGCCUUCAAAGCGACAAGACCAUUUCACGAAUUCCCUCCAAUUGACUCAUAUGGUCGAGGAGUUGAUCGCGCAUGGAUUUGGUCGGCUUGGAUCGGCCAAGAUUUGGUCAAGACGGCUAAUUGAGUUCUGCCACUAUCAGAUGACCCGGCCUCAUCAGAGCUCCCAGCGAGAUUCGACGCCGGAUCAUGGGUGCCAUGGCGAGUGGAUCACUACACCGCAUGGCCACUGCCGACUGACUUCCUACUUCAGAAUUGCUGAUUAUCUCGAAAAAUCUGCUUAUCUUCAAAGUUGCUUCACAUGCCUGGUCCGAAAUUGUGCUACAACUUCUGCUAUUGCCUCAAGUCGUGAUUACAGUGUCCUUUUUCUGCCCCAAGCUUCAUAA